UUUUUAUUUUACUUUUUUUUUCCCAUAUUUUCGUAAACUGUAAAGAUUAUCCCCUUUGAAAUAUACACAAUGAACAGUAAUAUUUUUCCUGGAAUUUCACAGACGAGGGAUUUAUUCUCAGGUAACACCGUUUCAAUAGAAGAAGGCAAAUAAAUGUAUUGAAUAAAAACGAUGAUGACCAGAUAAGUUGAAUUGCUGAUUUCCUACAAUCGUUUACUCCAGAUUUUCUGAAACCUUUUAUUGGGUGGAAAGAUGCAUCCUUCAAACUCAAUGAUGCGAGACAACUUAGGCUCUCGUCCGUCACCUGAAUGGCUCCUUGGCUCAGAGAAGUCGCCCAUGCAUGACAGUGGUGUUUACGGCUCACUCGGCAAGCAGAUGUAUCCUCAGGGAAGUAUGAUGCAGAAUUACAAAGCAAUCCGCUGCAAAGUGUCUCACUGUACCCUCUGCGGAAACACUUUUGCACAGAGUUUGUUCCAUAAAGACCCAGGACGUCCUUCGGCCAGCGAAAAGCACUGCGAAUCUUGUCGAAAGGAGAUAAUUUUGCGGAAUUACCAUCGGCCCCAUCGCAGCCAGCCUCCCCCGACCCACAUGCAUUUGCCUCACCUUCCUACCAAUUUAUCACAGCUUUCUCAGCGCAUGUCCCAAAACAGUUGCUGCAACAACAGCAAUGGCAGCACUCCUAAUAGCAGCAACAACAACACUAACAAUAAUAACAAUAACAACACAACAGAAGACAUAAUAUUUCUAACGCCAACGGUCGCAAUGGAGUUGGUGACAGUUCGAUGGGAAAUUCUUUAG